UCUGGAGCCAAGUAAUGAAGAUUUUGCUAGUCAUACGGAUGCUUCCUUUUCUUUGCUGGACUCGGAUUCUGAGUUUCACAAGAAUGUACCUGGGUGCCCCUUAGCGGGAUAUGAAAAGCUUCUUCGGAACCCCAGCGGCUAGCUGGUGCCUCCCAGAGAGUGACGUCUCAUCUGAAGGGGACUGGGAGGCCGAAGCGAGCGCAAAGCACGCAGCGCCAGGCCGCGCGGCGGGGCAGCCCGGAGCGGAGCAGGAAGUCCGCGGCGGACAGGCGUUGGUGGGGCUGAGCUGCCAGACCGCGAAAAGUAGCUGGAGCCGAAGCAGGGUCAGAACCUGUUGCUGCAACUCGGCUUGGUGGAUUCUGGUUCCAGCCGCCGUCAGGGCUCGCCGGGAGAGGUUCAUCAUGAAUGAGACAUGGGAUUCAAACUCUUCAGAAAACUGGCAUCCCAUCUGGAGUGUCAAUGACACAAAGCAUCAUCUGUACUCAGAUAUUAAUAUUACCUAUGUGAACUACUAUCUUCACCAGCCUCAAGUGGCAGCAAUCUUCAUUAUUUCCUACUUCCUAAUUUUCUUUUUGUGCAUGGUGGGAAAUACUGUGGUUUGCUUUAUUGUAAUGAGGAACAAACAUAUGCACACAGUCACUAAUCUCUUCAUCUUAAACCUGGCCAUAAGUGAUUUACUAGUUGGCAUAUUCUGCAUGCCUACAACACUGCUGGACAAUAUUAUAGCAGGAUGGCCAUUUGGAAACACAAUGUGCAAGAUCAGUGGAUUUGUCCAGGGAAUAUCUGUGGCAGCUUCAGUCUUUACAUUAGUUGCAAUAGCUGUAGAUAGGUUCCGGUGUGUGGUCUACCCUUUUAAACCAAAACUCACUAUCAAGACAGCGUUUGUCAUUAUUAUGAUCAUCUGGGUCCUAGCCAUCACCAUUAUGUCUCCAUCUGCAGUAAUGUUACAUGCGCAAGAAGAAAAAUAUUACCGAGUGAGACUUAACUCCCAGAAUAAAACCAGUCCAGUCUACUGGUGCCGGGAGGACUGGCCCAAUCAGGAAAUGAGGAAGAUCUACACCACGGUGCUGUUUGCCAACAUCUACCUGGCUCCCCUGUCCCUCAUUGUGGUCAUGUAUGGAAGGAUUGGGAUUUCACUCUUCAGGACUGCAGUUCCCCACACAGCCAAGCAGAACCAAGAGCAGUGGCACAUGGUGUCCAAGAAGAAGCAGAAGGUCAUUAAGAUGCUCCUGAUUGUGGCCCUGCUUUUCAUUCUCUCAUGGCUGCCCCUGUGGACUCUAAUGAUGCUCUCAGACUAUGCUGACCUUUCUCCAAAUGAACUUCAGAUCAUUAACAUCUACAUCUACCCUUUUGCACACUGGCUGGCAUUUGGCAACAGCAGUGUCAACCCCAUCAUUUAUGGUUUCUUCAACGAGAAUUUCCGCCGUGGUUUCCAAGAAGCUUUCCAGCUCCAGCUCUGCCAAAAAAGAGCAAAGCCUAAGGAAGCCUAUUCCCUAAAAGCUAAAAGCCAUGUAAUCAUAAACACAUCUAAUCCAAUUAUCCAGGAAUCUACAUUUCAAAACUCACAUGGGGAAAACUUGCUUUAUAGGAAAAGUACUGAAAAACCCCAAGAAGAAUUAGUGAUGGGAAAAUUAAAAGAAGCUACCAACAGCAGUGAGAUUUAAAAGAGCUAGUGUGAUAGUCCUAACUCUACUGUGUGUUAAAUAUUUAAAUACCAUUGCUUUUUGUGGCUUUGCACUUAAAGUUUUUCAAAGAAUGUUCUAAGUGAAACAUUUACGGAAAGCCCUCUCUGCCAAAAAAUAUAAACAAAAAUGGUCAUAAGAUCAUAAACAAUCUUAUGCUUUAUAAAAAUACUUAUGGUGACUCAUACAUGUUUGCAUGAAUAAAUACAUUUCUAGAGAACAGU